AUGGCUACCACGUUUAUUUCCAAGCAGCUUCGCUCAAAGGAGGAGGUUCAAGAGUCUCAACCAAGCUGGCUCCGCCGUCAGGUCGUCUCCGGCCUCCAGUCCAUCUCUCGCCGUGCCUGCGUGCAUCCGAUCCACACCCUCGUGGUGAUCGCCAUUCUCGCUAGCACAACUUAUGUGGGUCUUCUAGAAGGCAGCCUGCUGGACACAAGCAGGGAUAGCCAAAGUGUUGCUGGACAAGUGGACACGGAUGCCCUUCUCCAGGGAAGUCGCAACCUGCGACUCGGCGAAUCCACCUCGUGGAAGUGGCAGGCGGAGGACAUCUGGACUGACUCGGAGACCGAGAAGCCCGCCGCUCAGCACCUGGCCCUGGCUACCCUGAUCUUCCCGGACUCUACUUCCAACUCUGUUUCCACAGCCCCCGCAGCUGAUGAUGUCCCUGUUCCCGCCAAUGUCUCCGCCAAAUCUGUUCCCUACACCCCGAACCUGUUCUCUCAGUUCACCUCGGACUCCUCUCUGGCGUACACUGUGCCCUUUGAGCAGGUUUCUGAACUCUUGAAGGCUGUGCAGGAGAUCCCCAACUCUUCCCCGGAAGAGGAGGAGGAGGAAUCCAAGAUGUGGAUCAUGAGAGCUGCUCGUGGCCCUGCCUACGGUUCGCGCCGAGCUGUCAAGCUCUGGUUUGCGGAUGCCUGGAACUCGUUCGUGGAUCUGAUCAAGCAUGCGGAGACCAUUGACAUUGUGAUCAUGGCCCUUGGAUACCUCUCUAUGCACCUGAGCUUUGUCUCUCUGUUCUUCUCAAUGCGCCGAUUGGGCUCUAACUUUUGGCUUGCGGCUACUGUGCUCCUAUCGGGGGCCUUUGCGUUCCUGUUCGGCUUGCACGUGACCACCAAGCUCGGCGUGCCGAUCAACCUGCUUCUGCUCUCCGAGGGUCUUCCCUUCUUGGUUGUGACGAUUGGCUUUGAGAAGCCGAUCAUGUUGACCCGGGCUGUCCUGAAGGCGUCCGUUGAUGGCCGCCGACCCGGUCCCGGUGCUGCUCCUCGUCCCCUUGCCUCAAGCGCCCCCAGAUCUAUCCAGGACUCUAUCACUGCUGCCAUCAAAGAUCAAGGUUUCGAGAUCGUCCAGCACUACUGCAUUGAGAUUGGUCUGCUCGCUUUGGGUGCGGCUUCUGGCGUUCAAGGUGGCCUCCAGCAGUUCUGUUUCCUUGCUGCCCUGAUUCUGUUCUUUGACUGUGUCCUUCUCUUUACCUUCUACACCACUAUCCUUUGCAUCAAGCUUGAGAUCACCCGCAUCAAGCGUCACGUGGCGCUGCGCAAGGCCCUGGAAGAAGAUGGAAUCAACCGCAGCGUUGCUGAGAAUGUCGCUUCGAGCAACGAUUGGCCUAGCGCGGGUUCUGGCAGCAACGAAGCGGACACCAGCAUCUUUGGACGUAAGAUCAAGUCUAGCAACGUCCGUCGUUUCAAGAUCCUCAUGGUCGGUGGUCUGAUCCUGAUCAAUGUGGUGAACAUGUCAGCUAUUCCUUUCCGGAACACUGGUAACAGUGGCCUGCUCUCCCGAUUCUCCAGUGUCCUUGCCCCUACCCCCAUCGAUCCCUUCAAGGUUGCGGAGAACGGCUUGGAUGCCGUUUACGUGGCAGCCAAGAGCCAGAAGCAAGAGACCGUGGUUACAAUUCUCUCUCCCAUCAAGUACAAGUUGGAGUACCCCUCUGUACACUACGCUGCUCCCCUCGAGUCUGGUUCCUUUGACAUCGAAUACUCGGAUCAAUUCUUGGAUGCCGUUGGUGGCAAGGUUCUCGAAAGUCUGCUCAAGAGCGUGGAAGACCCCUUCAUCAGCAAGUGGAUUAUUGCUGCUCUGACUCUGAGCAUUAUUCUCAAUGGUUAUCUGUUCAAUGCUGCUCGCUGGAGUAUCAAGGAACCCGAGGCUGCCCCCGCACCUCCCGUGGAACCUGUUGCGGCCCCCAAGGUUUACCCCAAGUUUGAGCCCAAUGAGGGCGAGUCCAACCGAACCCGCGAAGAGUGCGAGGCGCUGCUCAAGGCCAAGCAGGCUCCUAUGCUUAACGACGAGGAGUUGAUUGAUCUCUCUCUCCGCGGAAAGCUCCCUGGCUACGCUCUGGAGAAGUCUAUGGAAGAUGAGAACCUCAUGAGCCGUGUCGAUGCCUUCACUCGAGCUGUUAAGAUUCGCCGAUCCGUCGUCGCCCGUACUCCCAUUACCACUGCUAUCACUGCUACAUUGGAGGAAUCCAAGCUUCCCUACAAGGACUACAACUAUGGUCUCGUUCACGGUGCCUGUUGUGAGAACGUUAUCGGUUAUCUGCCCCUUCCUCUUGGUGUCGCUGGUCCCAUCAACAUCGAUGGACAGAUGUACUUCAUCCCCAUGGCCACUACUGAAGGUGUUCUGGUGGCUAGUACCAGCCGUGGCUCCAAGGCCAUCAACGCCGGUGGGGGUGCUGUGACCGUCCUGACUGGAGAUGGUAUGACACGUGGACCUUGCGUCACCUUCCCAACUCUCGCUCGUGCUGCCGCUGCCAAGGUUUGGAUCGAUUCCGAAGAAGGCCGUAGCAUCAUCACUGCUGCUUUCAACUCCACCAGUCGUUUUGCCCGCCUCCAGAGCCUCAAGACUGCUCUCGCCGGAACCUAUCUUUACAUCCGUUUCAAGACCACCACUGGUGAUGCCAUGGGUAUGAACAUGAUCUCCAAGGGAUGUGAGAAGGCGAUGGACGUCAUGUCCAAGGAGUGUGGCUUCGACGACAUGGACAUUAUCUCUCUUUCCGGUAACUUCUGCACGGACAAGAAGUCUGCUGCUAUCAACUGGACCGACGGUCGCGGUAAGUCCGUUGUUGCGGAAGCCAUUAUUCCCGGUGAUAUCGUCAAGAGUGUGCUCAAGAGUGAUGUCAACGCACUUGUCGAGCUCAACAUCAGCAAGAACUUGAUCGGUAGUGCCAUGGCAGGUAGCUUGGGUGGUUUCAACGCUCACGCCUCCAACAUCGUGUCCGCUAUUUUCCUGGCCACCGGUCAAGAUCCCGCCCAGAACGUUGAGAGCAGCAGUUGUAUUACAACUAUGAAGAACAACAACGGUAAUCUACAAAUUGCCGUGUCCAUGCCCUCCAUCGAAGUCGGCACUAUUGGCGGAGGUACCAUCCUCGAAGCCCAAGGUGCCAUGCUGGACCUCCUGGGAGUCCGCGGAUCUCACCCCACCACCCCUGGUGAGAACGCUCGCCAACUCGCCCGCAUCAUUGCCGCCGCCGUUCUCGCGGGUGAGCUCAGUCUGUGCGCCGCCCUUGCGGCCGGUCACCUUGUCAAGGCCCACAUGGCGCACAACCGCAGUGCGGCGCCGACACGGUCCUCAACCCCGGUCUCCUCGGCCGUUGGUGCUGCGCGCGGCCUUUCCAUGACCUCUAAAUAA